AUGCCGAACCAGACUCAGACACGUGAUGAAAUGUCCAGUAAUCGCAAUUCGCCUAUUGCUGGAAGUAGUAGUGCAUUUGAGAAGGAAACACAAAAUGAAGUUUUAAUUACCCAUGAUUUGCCAAAUGCUGGAGGAACACAACUAUCAUCAUUGAUUAUGCCAAACCAGACUCAGACACGUGAUGAAAUGUCCAGUAAUCGCAAUUCGCCUAUUUCUGGAAGUAGUAGUAUAUUUGAGGUAUUAUAA